AUUUACAGUUUUGUAACAAGAAAUUAUAAAAUACAGAAGGUGAAAGUAAAAAUACGAAGAUUGCAAUUGAACGGGAGGAUCGAGUUGUAUCCGAAGAACAAAGGGAUUGUUUAACAUCUAAUCAUAUACUAAUUUCAGGUGAAUUUAAUGGCACCUAAUAAGAGCCGAGUCAAAGUAAUCGUGUAUAUCGGGGGUAAUAUAAUUCAAGAUGAUUGGUCGGUGGAAUACGAUUGUCCUCACAAAGCAAUUUUUCGAAUUAGAAGGGAUACUUCUUUCCAACUACUAUUAUCGAACUUGUACGAACGAUUUGAAAUAGACAAUACUAGGUUCACUCUGAAAGUUCGGGGAAAACUUUUUCGCUUGUAUGGGGAUAGGGUUAAAUCAAUGCUGUGUGAAAUUAGUACGGAUCAAGAUUUGGAAAUGUUUCUUGAUCCGGAAGAAGGGAAUGAUUCAAUGGACAUUUUUGUUCAAACCAUCCCAUUAUACAAUAAUGGACCGCCUCCACAAUUAACUUUCGAUCUGAAUGAGCCAUACAACAUAGUCUCACAAUUGAGUCCGGAAGUGGUUGCUGUCACACAAGGAUUUUCUAGCAUGCAAUUUAUGAAUUUUGGUGCUGGAAUAUCUGCACCUCCGACAAAUUUUGGUGGUGGAAAUCGUGGGGAGACGAGCACAAGGAGAGAAAUCCGGGACCCCAAUACAAAUGAGCCAACAGAAGAUUUAACAGACAUACCGAGAGAUUUCUUUGGGGUCGAUCCUCCUGUUGACUCAGAACCAUCCGAUCAAGAAGAUUACGACAACGUCGACGGGGACCAUGACCAUGAUGACGGUGAGAAUGUUGCCAAUGUUCCUCAUAAUAUGCCAUCAGUUGCACCAACCCAAAACCAACCUCACUUGUACGAGCCAAUACCUUUCUACUCAAUGGAUUAUGAAGAAAUGAUGGCGGAAUCAUUUGAUAUUCCAGACGGGCGAUUGUCAAAGUUUUACGAUGCCGAUGAAGGUGUUCUUGAAAAAGGGAUGAUUUUCAAGAGUAAAGAACGACUCAUUGCUGCAGUGAAAGACCACUCUAUUCGGUUCGCUAAACGAGAGUACAAGGUGGUCGAAAGUAAACCAACGUAUUGGAAGGUGAAAUGCAAACAUAACAGUGAAAGAACACCUUGCGGUUGGUGGUUGCGAGGGUCGGAGAAAGCCGGUAGACAUUAUUGGGUGAUCACGAAGUAUGGUGGAGAUCACACUUGUGUUAUGGGCAGAAUGUCUACCAACCAUUGUACUUUGGACAUGAAUUACAUUUCUGCAAUAUUGGUUAAAACAGUUCGUGAAAAACCAUCUUGCGAAGUUUCAGUAGCCAAACAACUUGUGUAUACUGAAUUGGGAUUUGAAAUCUCAUACCAGAAGGCGUGGUACAGUUUAAGACGUUGCAGGGAUAACAUAUUUGGUACUUGGGAGAGCUCUGUCGCGAAGUUACCCAAGUACAUGAAAGCAUUGCAAAUGAGUAAUCCCGGAACGAUUGUGGAGUGGCAGAGUAAGCCGAUGAAUCAUCCAAGCCAGAAAGUGAUCAAGUAUGUCUUUUGGGCCUUCAAGCCAUGCCUAGAUGGAUUCAACUUCUGUUGCACAGUUAUUAGUGUGGAUGGAACUCAUCUAUACACAAAGUACAAACACAAGUUGUUGAUUGCCACGUGCUUGGAUGCCAAUCAACAAGUGCUGCCACUUGGAUUUGCUAUAGUGGAUGAAGAAACGACGAGUGCAUGGACUUGGUUUUUCGCGAUGCUAAACCAACAUAUAUUUUCGAGGAUUGCGGAGACUACUACAACAUGUUUAAUCUCUGACGGGGCACCUGGAAUUCUUGCUGCUAUUGAGACAUUGCCUACCCGAUUUGUCCAUCGUUUUUGUCUCAGACAUAUUUGUUCGAAUUUCAACUCCCACUUUAGAAGUAUCAGGCUGAAAGAUUUGUGUUGGAAGGCUGGGUCGGUACAUGUAACGACCAAAUUUGAUCGAGUCAUGGACCAGACUAGAUCUAAAAAUAUUCAGGCGUACAACUACUUGAUGGCUAUUGACAAAGAGAGAUGGACUUUAGUUUACGACGGAGGAUUGCGUUGCGGUCAAAAGACGACAAAUAUCUCAGAAGCAAUUAACGGAGUCUUGAAAGGUGCUCGCAAGCUGCCCCCAACUGCUAUAGUUGAUUAUUCUUUCCACAAUGCCGUUAAGAUGUUUCGGCUUCGUGUUGCGAAACAUCUACGAAUGCGUAGUUCAGGACAACGAUGGUCAGAUUAUGCCCAUACGAUGUUCACAAAAUGGGAAAAAGAAUCAGUGGACCAUGUUACAUGGAUGUUUAAUCAACAACUCCAAUCGGCUGAGAUGGAUGCACUGAUGAAGGAGGUAUAUGGCCCUCGCAAUACUUCAUUGCUACGUCUACAAGGUCGACAUAGAUCAAGUGAUUUGGGUGAGGCAAAUAUCGACGAUGUUGUGCGUGCUAGACGCGCUGAUCAUGGUGUUUGGACCUUAUUCCCGGCGGGUGUGCUCCUCAUCCUCGAGUGA